GCAUCAGAACAUCACUACGAUUGCAGCUAAUUUCAGACCGCAGUAGGGCUAAAGUGCGACUAACUUCGGGGCAAUACAAGAUGAUUGUCCCGGGCAAUGCCCUUUCGUUAUUGAGUUUCUGAACGCAGCCAGUCCCCGCCUGCCUCUAAAAAGAACAUGGCGGCACCGAAGUUGUCUCAGUGUAACGCCUGACAUUAUUACACGAAUUUUACAAAAACUUUGUAUUAAAAUGUGAAAAUCAUGAAUUAAAACAAGUGGUGUUGUGUAAUUUAAGUGUGUUUAAUGAUGUGCCGGACCGGGAUGUGCCGAUUUGGAAUCGGGAACUGGAUUUUUUUGAUCGCUUCGGCACAUUUGUUUACAUACGUCCAAGGUGUCGACGAGCUACUCCCAGACGAAGAUGUCCGGUUGACAUCAGAACCGCACGACGCAGUGGCGGAGGAGGGGGACGCUGUUCUGCUGAGCUGUGCUGCAGCCAGGGGGGCCAAGAUACACUGGAGACACCGAGCUGAUGGUCCACCGAGGAGGGAUGAUGCAUUAUCCAGCGAGGAUAAGUACAGAAAGCAGCUGAUGAACGGCUCGCUAGUGAUAGAGAGCAUGUCAGCGACGCUGGCGGGGCAUUACCAAUGUGUGGCCACGGGCAGCGCGGGCAGCGUGGUCUCGAGGGUCGCGCUAUUAUACUUGGCAGAAGUCCCACCCCUUAUACCAGGCCCCCGAAGUAUCCUAGGCACAGUAGGAGCUCCGGCACUCCUCCCCUGUGGUGUCUCCGCCCCUCCGAGAGUAGCCGUGAGGCUGCAGGGGCCUGCAGCUCUGCCUGAGAGGAAGGUGUACUCUGCCGCCAGGUUACACAGCCCGCCACCGGUUUUGAAACUUAAUGUAACUUGGCUAAAGAAUGGGUCACCUGUACGAUUGGAGGCAGCACGGGUGUCAGUGACCCCCAGCGGAGCGUUAGAACUUGAUCCACUGAGACCUCAUGACGCGGCUACCUACCGGUGUAGAGUGGCUCUAUCACCGCAUAAGCAUAGGACGGGCGAAGAGAUCGAGCUGCGCGUGAGCACGGAGCCGCCGGAUGAGGAGCCGCCGCGAUUCGUCGCCACGCCACAACCAAUCACGGUCAUCGAAGGAGCAUCGGUGACGUUCGACUGCGCGGCGGUCGGCAACCCCAAGCCGGAGAUCACGUGGCUCAACAACGUAGGAGUCGCUAUCGACCUCAAUGACCUAGAUUCACGGUUCUACCUAGUGGGGUCCGGGUCUCUACGUGUGCAGGCAGCGAGAGGUCUGGACGCCGGUAGUUACACAUGUCGAGCGCAUUCUCGGCUGGACUCUGCUGACAGCGCUACCACGUUGACCGUACUGACGGCACCUCGCGUCUCGCUGCCAGGCGGAGCUGUGGUAGUGGCGCGUACUCGCGGUGACGUCACGCUUCGUUGUGACGUACGCGGACGGGGAGCCACCGUGUCGUGGCUGAAAGACGGCGAGCCUUUAACACCUAACCAGCAUGACAUCGCGCUCGUGGACGGGUCGUCGCUGCGCAUCCAAGGCGUGCUGCGCGUGGACGCGGGCAUGUUCCAGUGCUGCGCGCGCAGCGCGGCCGGCAGCGCCGCCGCCGCGCUCCGCCUCGUCGUGCUGCCUCCCGAUGACGAGCUGGCCUCCCUCCCCUCCCCUCCCGACAUCUUCAACUCCCUGGUCCCCUCCCCCGAGGACGACUUUCUCGGCGAGACCUCCCCCGCGUUCACGCACCCACCGGACUACUAUGAUUACACGCUCACUGAAGGCCUGGAGCUCGCCCGGGAGAACGGGACCAUCGUCAGCCCGCCCAGGGACCUCAGGGCGGUAAUCGUGAAGCAUCGCUUCGUGACGCUGAGCUGGCUGGAACCGGCCAGGAAGAUGGAAGAGGUGGUGGGCUAUGUGGUGGUGUAUCGGGUCAAGGGCAGCGAGAGGGAGCGAGUUUCUCGCGGCAGUGCGACGCGGUUCGAGAUGAACGUCGCGACUCUUCAACCAAAUACUACAUACGUGUUCAGCGCGCGCGCACUCACGCUCAGCGCCAUCUCGCCGCCAACUGAGACGAUCGAAGCCCACACGGCGCCUGAGGAGCUAAGCUUCGGCCCCCCCACCAACGUUAAAGUGGAAGCCGCCGGUCCCCACAGCCUCCGUGUGAAGUGGUCACCGCCAGCGCAAGAACCUCAACCACCACACUACACUGUUCAUUAUACCGAGGUGGAAACAGGCCGCGAGCAGGUUGUAACCGCAGACGCGGACGAGACUGGAGGCUCCGUCACGCUAGCCGGGCUCCGCGCCGCCGCCGCCUACUCCGUGUCCGUCGCCGGCGCCGGCGGCGCGGCUGCCGAACCGGUUCUAACGAGGACGUUAGCGUUAGCGCCUUUAGCGCCGCCUGUCAAUGUCAGCGCUGAGCCAGCUUCACCCACUUCGAUCCUGGUUCGCUGGGAAGCUCCGCCCGCCCGCACGCACCGCGGCCCCCUCACCGGGUACAAGGUUCGGUUCCGGGCCGCCGGCGCGAGGAGGAAGGCCGACUCUCUCACCACACCCGCUGAUGCGAGACGGGCAGAGUUGAGAGAUCUCGACCCUCACACCACGUAUCAGAUCCGUGUGUGCGCCAUCAACGCGAACGGGUCAGGCCCCUUCAGCGAGUGGCUCACAGCGGCCACACAAGCACGAGCGCAAGACGAGUCGAGAGUACCGCCACAACCGCCACCACUAAGCACUCGCGCCGGCCGCGACUGGAUCUCAGUGUGGUGGGAGGAGGGUUCCGAGGGGGGCUCCCUGAUCCGCGGGUACCGGCUCGGCUGGGGCCUCGGGGUCCCCGACGUACACGGGAAGGACCUACCCGCUGCUACGCAUCAUCAUGUCAUCAGAGGAUUAGAAUCGAACGCGGAAUACGUGAUAUCGCUCCACGCAUCGAACGCGCUAGGCGCGGGGCCUCCAGUGUACGCUACUGUACGAACGAAGGCGGCAGCCGAGGGCGAUGACCUCGAGGAGGAUGAGGAGGACGAGGAGGAUGACGAGGACGAGGAGGAACGACCUCCCUUAAUACCGCCCGUCGGACUUAAGGUGAUAAUGCUGAGCGGCAGCACGGCUGUGGUGUACUGGACCGACCCCACGCUACCUAAAGGACAGACGGCAACAGACGGGCGGCGCUACGUGGUGCGGUACGCGGCCGCCGGCGCGGGGCAGCGCGCGCGAAGCUUCAACGCCACAGACCUCAACUGCAUGCUCGACGACCUCAAGCCUUUCACACUCUACGAGUUCGCCGUCAAACUCAUCAAAGGUGGUCAAGAAUCGGCGUGGUCGAUGCUGGUGUCGAACACGACGCUGGAAGCUGCGCCGGCGACCGCGCCGCGCGAGCUGCGCGCCGCGCCCGCCGCGCCCGCCGCGCGCGCCGCCGACCUGGCCUGGGCGCCGCCCGCCAAGCCCAACGGGGUCAUUACAGGCUACACAAUAAUGUACGCGCCGCUGGGCGCGGGCGCGGGCGAGUGGACCGUGCAGAAGGUGGAGGGCGACCGCCCGCGGGCGAGAGUUGAGAGGCUGCGUGCAAGGACUACAUACUCCUUCAAGGUGCAGGCCAAGAAUAGCAAGGGCGUCGGCCCCUUCUGUGCACCCAUUUCAUAUACCACUGGUAUUGAUACGGGUGGUGGCGGUCUGGCGGGUGCCACAUCGGCGUGGCUGUGGGCAUCAGCGGGUGGCGCGUGCGCCGUUCUAGCGCUCGCCGCCGCUUUAGCGUUGUCGCUAUGUUGCCGAAAGGCGCCACCUUUGUCGCCACACACCAGCACGUACCAGAAGUCGUCGGCGUCGGCGGGCAUCAAGCCCCCGGACCUGUGGAUCCACCACGACCAGAUGGAGCUGAAGCAUCUCGACAAGAGUCUGCACAGCUCCGCUAGUAAGAUAUCGGCCGGUAGCGUGGACGGUCCGUCGGCGCUGGCGUCCUCCACGCUGACACUGACGCGCGCCCCGGCCGAGUACGAGCCGGCGCGGCACCCGCCGCCCGCCAGCCUCGACCGGAGACACUACGUGCCUACUUACGUCGCGCUGGCGUCCUCCACGCUGACACUGACGCGCGCCCCGGCCGAGUACGAGCCGGCGCGGCACCCGCCGCCCGCCAGCCUCGACCGGAGACACUACGUGCCUACUUACGUCGCGCUGGCGUCCUCCACGCUGACACUGACGCGCGCCCCGGCCGAGUACGAGCCGGCGCGGCACCCGCCGCCCGCCAGCCUCGACCGGAGACACUACGUGCCUACUUACGUCGCGCUGGCGUCCUCCACGCUGACACUGACGCGCGCCCCGGCCGAGUACGAGCCGGCGCGGCACCCGCCGCCCGCCAGCCUCGACCGGAGACACUACGUGCCUACUUACGUCGCGCUGGCGUCCUCCACGCUGACACUGACGCGAGCCCCGGCCGAGUACGAGCCGGCGCGGCACCCGCCGCCCGCCAGCCUCGACCGGAGACACUACGUGCCUACUUACGUCGCGCUGGCGUCCUCCACGCUGACACUGACGCGAGCCCCGGCCGAGUACGAGCCGGCGCGGCACCCGCCGCCCGCCAGCCUCGACCGGAGACACUACGUGCCUACUUACGUCGCGCUGGCGUCCUCCACGCUGACACUGACGCGAGCCCCGGCCGAGUACGAGCCGGCGCGGCACCCGCCGCCCGCCAGCCUCGACCGGAGACACUACGUGCCUACUUACGUCGCGCUGGCGUCCUCCACGCUGACACUGACGCGAGCCCCGGCCGAGUACGAGCCGGCGCGGCACCCGCCGCCCGCCAGCCUCGACCGGAGACACUACGUGCCUACUUACGUCGCGCUGGCGUCCUCCACGCUGACACUGACGCGAGCCCCGGCCGAGUACGAGCCGGCGCGGCACCCGCCGCCUGCCAGCCUCGACCGGAGACACUACGUGCCUACUUACGUCGCGCUGGCGUCCUCCACGCUGACACUGACGCGAGCCCCGGCCGAGUACGAGCCGGCGCGGCACCCGCCGCCCGCCAGCCUCGACCGGAGACACUACGUGCCUACUUACGUCGCGAUGACGGGCAUGGGCGUGGGCGCGGGCUUGGGCUUGGGCGCGGGGUGCGCGGGCGCGUGCGAGCGCCGCCCGCCGCGCGCGCCGCUCGGCCUGCCGCAUCCAGACCAGCAGGAGUGUUUCCAGAGCACGCCGCUGCUGGCGGGCAUGGCGCCACUGUCGCCGCAGUCAUCGCUCGCAUCGUUACAUGCGCACGGACAUCCUGGUCAUGCGCAUAAUACACUGCCGCAUACACAUUCGCUCGCGCACCCGCCGCCCGCGCCCUGCGGAGGCGGCACUUGUCCGCUGGGCGCCGCGUGCGCACCCGUCGGCGGCACCACGCCCGCCGGCUCCGACAUCUACGCAUGCGCGGCAAGGGAGAGGGGGCACUACGUCGCCUACGAACCGCUAGGACAUUACACACAUCGCGAUUCAAUGAGCAGCGAGGCGGGGGGCCUGAGCGGCGCGGGCGCGGGCGCGGGCGGGGCCGGCGGCGCGGGGGGCUCGCUCGGCGGGGGCGGCGGCAGCCUACAGCGCCGCGCCUGCGCAGGGCCGUUACACAGCUUUGCUGACUCGCCGCAUUCCACGCCCAGCCACGGGCAGGGCAGCGUGAGAGAGACGUCGCCGUACAAGAAGAGCAACAGUUCCUCGCCCGGACACAUCCCCAAUCGACUGCAGCUGGGCGGCAGCGUGGCGCACUGCCCCGAGGAGCUGGAGGCGCUCACGCCGUCCCGCUCCACCGAGCGGCUCGCGAGGGAGAUGCAGAACCUGGAGGGGCUCAUGAAGGACCUCUCCGCCAUCACGCAGCAGCAGUUCCACUGCUAGCGCACCGCCACUCCUCCGACCGAAGGGGAGAUACGUGUGUAAUGGACUACAUGACAGUUUAUCGAACGCCAAUCCAAUAGUAAAAAUGUUUG